GAGCGGAUUAAUGACUGUGUGUACAGCUCCAGCCCUGUCGCUUCUGCCGCCCCUGGCCGCGGACCGGCUGAGUUGACCGCAUCCUCCCUCAAGGACGACCGAGGAGACAGCAGCUGCGCCGAGAUGAAGUGUCAGAGAGUCCUCACGUACCUGAGGAUAUUUGGGACCACCAUGUUCGGUGUGUCCCUCCUGGUGGGCAUCUCCACCGCCUACAUCAUGGGCUACCAGUUCUUCACCACGGCGGGCAACCACCUCUCCUUCGGCCUGUACGGCGCCAUCCUGGUGGUGCACCUCAUCAUCCAGAGCAUGUUCGCGCUCCUGGAGCACAGAAACAUGCGCCGCUCCCUGGAGACGCCCAUCAAACUGAACAAAUCGCUGGCGCUGUGCAUCGCGGCGUACCAGGAGGACCCCAACUACCUGAGGAAGUGCCUGGUCUCGGUCAAGAGGCUGACGUACCCGGGGAUCAAGGUGAUCAUGGUGAUCGACGGGAACUCCAACGACGACCUGUACAUGAUGGAGAUUUUUAAGGAGAUCAUGGGAUGGGACAAAUCGGCCACGUACGUUUGGCGGAGUAAUUACCACGCCCGGGGCCCAGACGAGACGGAUGAGAGCUACGCCGAGAGCGUCCAGCAGGUCUCCAGGCUGGUGCUGAACAACAAGUGUGUGUGCAUCAUGCAGAAGUGGGGAGGGAAGAGAGAGGUCAUGUACACGGCCUUCAAAGCCCUGGGGAGGAGCGUGGACUACGUCCAGGUGUGUGACUCUGACACCAUGCUGGACCCGGCAUCCUCGGUGGAGAUGGUGAAGGUUUUAGAAGAAGACCCCAUGGUGGGAGGCGUAGGAGGAGACGUGCAGAUCUUGAAUAAAUAUGAGUCGUGGAUCUCCUUCCUGAGCAGCGUCCGCUACUGGAUGGCGUUCAACAUCGAGCGGGCCUGCCAGUCCUACUUCGGCUGCGUCCAGUGCAUCAGCGGGCCUUUGGGAAUGUACCGAAACUCCCUCCUGCACGAGUUCAUCGAGGACUGGUACAAUCAGACCUUCAUGGGAUCCCACUGCAGUUUUGGGGACGAUCGUCAUCUCACGAACAGGGUUCUCAGCCUCGGCUACGCGACCAAAUACACCGCUCGGUCAAAGUGCCUCACAGAGACGCCGAUCACGUACCUGCGGUGGCUCAAUCAGCAAACCCGCUGGAGUAAGUCGUACUUCCGGGAAUGGCUCUAUAACUCCAUGUGGUUCCACAAACACCAUCUGUGGAUGACUUAUGAAGCCGUGAUCACAGGCUUCUUCCCAUUUUUUCUCAUUGCCACUGCAAUUCAGCUCUUCUACCAGGGGAGGCUCUGGAAUAUCCUCUUGUUUUUACUCAUCGUGCAAGCCGUGGCGCUGAUUAAGUCGUCCUUCGCCAGCUGCCUCAGAGGCAACAUCGUCAUGGUCUUCAUGUCCUUCUAUUCUGUACUGUACAUGUCCAGCCUGUUACCGGCCAAAAUGUUUGCCAUUGCAACGAUCAAUAAGUCCGGAUGGGGAACCUCUGGGAGAAAAACGAUCGUCGUGAACUUCAUCGGACUGAUUCCGAUAUCGGUCUGGUUCACCAUCCUUUUCUUUGGGAUUAUAUACACCGUCAUUCUGCAGACUAGAAGACCUUUUCCCGAAUCAGAAAAGCUCGUCCUGAUCAUCGGGGCGGUUGUCUAUGCCAGUUACUGGGUCAUACUGUUGACGUUGUACACAGUGCUCAUAAACAAGUGUGGGAAGAGGAAGAAGGAGACACACUACGACAUGGUGCUGGACGUAUGACAGACAGACUACAGUCGUCUUUUACCACUGAAC